AUGGCGCUGAGCUCUCGCGCAUUGACGCCUCCGCGCGCUGGCAAAUACUGCUUUGGCGCAAUCGGUGAUGAGAUCAAGGCAUCACCCAACGACUACAUCACUGAUGAUGAAUCCGACGGCGGAGUCUUGCUGGCAAGUCCGUCCGUGAGCAACAGCAGCGCGGAGAGUCUGCGCGAACUGGUCGAAGGCUCUGAGGCGCUGGUCGAAGAGAGCCCGCGUGCUGCCCGCCUGCUCGCAGCAAACAAGAACCAUUUCUUCUUCGAGGACCCAGCCACGCGCGGCUCCCCAGGCGCUCGUCACAGUGGUCCAUUUGAUUCCGGUUACUUCACCGCCAUGCUCUCGCCUAGCCAGAGCCCUCGCCCCGAAAAGCCUGUCCGUGAAGAGGUCGGUUCUCCAACGCCUACGACAUCUUUCAAAAACAACUCUCCCCAAAAGUUUGUUCAUCUCCGCACCAACUCGAAUGCAUCGUCUUUCAGCACGUUCAGCAACGCAUCGUUUACCAGCUCGAACUUCGACCAAAAAUCGUACAAGGAGCUACUGAACAAUAUCAACGACAAAAUCAACCUCGUUACCCGUCAAUACGUCGGCUUCGAGCCGGACAGCUACACCACUCCUGAGCAGGUAGAGGCCUUCAUCGACCUCACCGCCCGCCACGUCAACUACCGCAAGGUUGCGAUCAACUUGAUUCAGCAUGGCCACGCCUAUCUGCACUCAUCGCUGGUCCAUGGCAUGAUCUGGCGCCUUGUCAACGACCUGAUCUUCGACAUUCCCGUCCUCGACCAAGCAUACUCUCGCUACGCUCCAGAGUUCUUGCACGCCUGGAAGGCUGAUGUUGGUUGUUGCACCAUCCAGGCCGAUGACUGGUCCAUCAAGGGGCCUCUCAUGGAAGCUCGCAUCGCUGCAGCACGCCGCGUCAUCGAGACCACCCCGCGGUUCAAUGACUUCAUCAAGGAGUUCGCCGCGAAGACGAACGACCAGAUCGUCGACAAGUUCAGCCUCGCUUGGCGCACCGGUGCAGAGUCGCGCGCCCGCGCUGAACUUCUCGACCCAAUCGAAAAACUUGUCCGAAUCGUCGUGCGCAUGCGCGCAGAGAUGAAGGCCUUCGAAUUCAAGUUUUACGAGUACGCCUGCAAAGGCUCAGUCAACUCCAUGAUUCUUCUUUCAGAGAUGCCCGGCAUGGUACCUCCACACCCAGCCGACGAUGAAGACCAUUUCGUCAUCUGCACUAAGACUCCGCAAGUCUUCGAGAAAGACUACCGCCCAGAGAGCAAAUGCAAGGAGUGCAUCUACAAGGCUGAGGUCCUUGCCCGCGAGAAGCAUCCCGGCUACCUCGACGGCCUCGGUGAUCGGUACAGACGCUUCGACGGCCGUGCUCGUGCUCGCGCUCGCCCUGCGCGCCAAUACAAUCACCACAACGGCAACGGCCGCAAAUACACUGUCUAG